AUGCGAAAACAACUGGUAGCAGCACAUUCACUGCACCACAUCCACCACCCUGGAACUCCAACAUACGUGACCAAGAACCUCUUCUUCCCAAACUUUAACGUAAACCUAAACCCUUAUUACUCCAUUCAGGACAUCAAGCUUUUAGGAAACGCCAAAGUUUCAGAAGAUGCCAUUCAAAUCCCAGAUGUAUCAGCAACUGUUGAUCCUACUUAUCAAGCAGGCCGAGCCAUCUACGCCUCCCCUAUCCGCCUUUUUGACCCUUUAACCAAAACCCCAGCUUCCUUCCAAACCACCUUCUCUUUCAAAUUCACCUCCACCACCACCACCACUGCUAACGCGUCAGUUUCCGAUGACCUUCAUAGCGGAGACGGCCUCGCUUUCAUCAUCGUGCCGGACGAGUAUAGCAUCGGGAAACCAGGCCCUUGGCUCGGCAUCCUCAAUGACGCAUGCGGCCACUACAAGGUCUUUGCAGUGGAGUUCGACACGUGCCACGACCCAGGAUUUGGAGAUCCCGACGACGACCACGUCGGCAUCAACCUCGGCAGCAUCGUUUCCUUCAAGACGGCGAGUUCCUCGAAAGCCAAUGUUUCUCUCCACAACAAUACGACCCACCGAGCUUGGAUAGCAUAUGAUGGUCAGCGUAGAAGGAUCGAAGUCCAUCUCGGACUGGACGGCGAUCGUAAACCCUCAGAACCAAUACUAUCUUCGCCAAUAAAUCUCUCUCCUUUCCUUAAAGAAUACAUGUUUGUUGGGUUCUCAGCCUCCACAGGAAAUUUAACGCAAAUAAAUAGCAUUUUAUCUUGGAACUUUUCCUCUACAAAUCUAGCUUUGGUUCAAAAACCUUCGGCGAAAAUUUGCCAUAAAAAUGUUGCCCACCAAGUCUCCAAAUACACCCGUAUAGGUUACACCGCACCUAGCAGCUUUUUGAUCUUUGUUGCUGUAAUUGCACUUUGUACGGUGGCUUUAAUCUGUUUCUAUUUCAGUAGCGCGCGCAGCGAUCAUGCCAGCACAGUUAAUUUUAUUCUUCUGGUUGAUAAGAAGCAGAAGCCCACGCCGCCGAACAAGCCUCGCCGGUACACCAUCGUGGAGAUUUUCAAAGCCACACGGCGUUUUAGCAAAUUAGAAAUCUUGGGAAGUGACGUCAGAGGUGUAUUGUAUAGAGGGACACUCCCUAAUGGGUGCCAUGUGGCGGUGAAGCGGUUCUCGAAUCAGUUCUUGAACUUAUCACGCUUGUACUCGAGCCGAAUUUUGAAGAGAAUCAAUGAAUUAUCCCAAAUAUCUCAUUCGAGUUUUGCUCCAAUUCGUGGAUGGUGUUGCGACAACCGAGAGACGAUCAUCGUGUACGAUUAUUUCGGGAACGGAAGCCUAGACCAAUGGCUAUAUGGACCAGGUGUUCUUCCAUGGAGUCGGCGAGUCAAACUCAUAAAAGAGAUUGCGGAGGCGCUGUGUUUCCUCCACUCAAAAGGACUCACUCAUGGAAACUUAAAGACGAGCAGUGUCUUCCUCGACCAUAACUAUCAUGCUGUAUUGGGUGAUUACGGUUUCCUUUUCUUUCUUGGUACGGCUGAAUUGGCCGUUUCUGGCAAGAACGGUGACGUGUUUGGGUUCGGUAUGCUUGUGUUGGAAGCCAUUGCCGGAAAAAAGAUGUCGAAGUUGAACGGAGGCGAGGGAGAUCAGACGAGUCUGUUGAGGUUUGCAUGGAGCACGCAUGAGAGGGGAGAGAAGGCAAAGAUGGUGGAAGAGAGGGUGGGAACGUGCGAUAACUCAGAACAAGCCGGCCGGCUUCUGGAAAUCGGUCUGAGUUGUAGUUUAAGUGAGAAGAAUGGGCGGCCGUGUAUGGAAGAGGUGGUGCAGUACUUGAAUACGCAGAAACCGAUUCCCAAGCUGCCGCUGAGACGACCUCCCGAGUUGUUUUCGAAACAGAGUACUGCCGGGCUUGGUCUCUCCCCAUAG